AUGGAAGUUCUCCCAUGGACGGUGCCCCUGUUUCUGGCAACUAUAUUUGCCCUAUUUGGAGCUUAUUGCUUCAAACUCAAAUACAUUCUUCCACAUUUCAGGAAGAAUCUUCCACCAGGAAAACAGGGAUUUCCUCUGAUCGGAGAGACCAUAAGCUACAUCAAGGCGCUGAAACAGGACAGAGUACAUGAGUGGGUUCAAGAUCGGGUGAACAGAUUCGGACCAGUGUUUAAGACAUCACUCAUGGGUGUCAAAACCGUGGUGAUUACUGGCCAAGCCGGAAAUCGAUUCAUUCUUGGCGGAAGUGAUAAUGGGCUUGUAAAUUACCUCCCAGCAUCGGCUAUUAAAGUGAUCGGAGAGAAGAGCCUCAGUAAUUUAUCCGGCCCUGCUCAUAAGCCCAUCAGGUUGGCAAUAAUGAGCUUCCUGAAACCAGAGAGCAUCCAGAAUUAUGUUACCGAAAUGAACUCAUUGAUCCAACAAGAACUAAUCCAGGAGCUUGGCGGAAAAGAUUCAAUAUACGUGGUCCCAUUAGUGAAGAAGAUUACUUUCAAGGUUACUAGUACUCUGCUCUUUGGGCUACGUGGAAAUGGAGAUAAAAAACUAGAUGACCUCUUGGAAAAUUAUAAUUUAGUCUUGAAUGGUACUUGGUCCAUUCCCUUGAACAUUCCAGGUACUUCCUUUGCCAAAUCAAUGAAGGCUCGAGCUCUAAUUCUACAAUAUUUUUCCGGUCUGGUUGAGAUGAAGAAGCAAAAAUUUGAAGCUGGAGAACUUGGUCCGCGAGAUGACAUAUUAUCCAAAUUUGUGAGUGAAAAUUUCUCAGAAGAGGAGAUUUUUGACAAUAUUAUAUCCCUAAUGAUUGCUGGUCAUGAUACAACAGCAGUUGUUGUAACCUUGUGCAUUAGGCUGCUUGGCAGGGACACUGACAUUUUCAACAAGGUUCUACAAGAGCAAAGAGAGGUUGUUAAGGUUAAAGAUGAAAAUGGAGGGCGGAUAAGAUGGAGUGAGAUACAAAUGAUGAAGUAUACAUGGAGGGUUGCUCAAGAAGUUAUGAGAUUGAUUCCUCCUGUUGCUGGAACUUUUAGACUUGCUCAGAGGGACAUCAUCUUUGGUGGCUUUCAGAUACCCAAAGGAUGGCAGGUAAUGUGGGCUGCUCCAAGCACACACAUGGACGAUAAUAUAUUUAAGGAUCCUGGAAAGUUUGAUCCAUCCCGCUUUGAGAAUUCUUCUGGGAUUCCCCCGUAUUCUUAUGUAGCUUUCGGAGCAGGUCCACGGGUUUGUCCUGGGUCGGAGUUUGGUCGGGUUCAAGUACUACUGAUGCUUCAUUACAUGGUUACUAAUUACCGGUGGCAUGAAAAAAUUCCCAACGAGCCUAUUGAACGUGCAGGCAUGCCUUACCCUGCAAAGGGUCUUCCAAUUAAUCUCCGACCCGGGAAAUGA